AUGAACCACAGACGUUUACUGCUCGUGGUUCUGGCCGCUGGAAGCCAGGGAUCAGCGCGUGUAGUCACGUCCGGGCUCCACCAGGGCUGCAGCGGGUCCCAGCUCUGUCCAGGGAGCCCACAGCUGAGCCCCGCUGAGCCGGCGGACCGGUGCGCAGGGCCCCAGCUGGCCGUCCGAAACUUCCCAGUGGAGAAAUUGGCUCCCACCCUGCCCAGCGCCCAGCGCAGGAGGCUGCUCCCCAAGCCCGUGACCAGGAGGAGCCAAGUCACGGGGGGGCCACCUGGCGCUGAAAUCUGUCACACGCUCCCUCCCAGUGAUGCCCUGCUCCUGGGCGUGUUCACCUCCUUCCCGGGCGGGCGGGAGCCUCCGUGGAGCCAGACGGGGCCUCUGGAGACCACCCAGAACGUUCUGGAAGGCGGCUGCGGCCACCUGGCCACCUGUCACAGCACUGGGGGCAACCUCGUGCUGCCCCCAGAUGACCGGGGCCACGAGUCCCAGGGGGCAGGGACGGAUCCCAGGACCACCCCCUCCCAGCUGAAGACCCGGGACGACAGGCUUCUCUGUACGCUGGCUCUUGGGCUGCUGCCCAGAGGGACACGGGGGUUCCCGCCCCACGUCCUGGCCGCGGGCCCCGUGGCCACGUCUGCCUCCCGCAGCGGGAAGCGCGACCCCCCUUGGGGAGAUACCAUGCGCAUCUGUGACAUCAGCACUGUGGCCAGAGUCACCUGGCCGCAGAGUGACCACACGUGCCCCCAGGUAGCAGCAGCGCUGCUCAUGGGCGCCGCGCUCGCUGCCCGUCUCCUCGGGCUCCUCCCCCUCCCCCACCGCGUCCUGCCCAUUCUACAGGAUGCCCAGCACAGGGACACCCCCGACAAUCACAGGCCCCCCCGCCCUCCUGGGAGUCCCAGCCGCUCUGCAUCCACGUCAGAGAAGCCCUGCCCCCUCCCCAUCUCGCACGUGGUCACGUGUAUGCAUCCUGUCCGCGUGGCUGUGCUUCUGUGUACUUCACUGUGUGGUGCCGUUACCCUGCGGCUCGAGGAGCUCAUAAUAAAGACCCGACGGACUUGGAGGCCCGGAGAAAGGACGAGGAGGGACGAGAGGAAGGAUCAGUGGCUCUUCUUGCCUGCCUACCGGAUGCCAGCCCCUGUGUGCCCGCUGCUGUCCCGGACUACUUACUGUGCUUUUCAAGGGCCGACUCCACUCCGCGUCCAUAUAAGGAGCCCUGGGGGCUGUACUGGCACCAAGAGGCCCCCCGCACUUGCGAGCGACCGGACCCCCCUCAGCCUGCCCCGGGGUCCUGCCAGUGCCCUUCCCCAGCACUCUCGGGGAGUCCCCAGCAGAGGCGCCGGUCCUGGGGGGCGACCGGUCUCUCGAGGCCACAGCAACACACCAAGCUCCCAUCAAGACUCCGACAGCCACGCGGGAGGAGGCCCCCUCCCCGGGGACACACCAGGCCAGCCCAGGGUCCUGCGGGUGUCCGAGCUGUGUCUGCCCCAGGACAGGAGCUUCGGGGAAACUUCCCAGAGCAGCAGACCAGACAGAUGGGCACAGACGAGACAGAUGGGUUCCGGAACUGCGGAGCGCGAGGACCCGGGCUAUGCCAGCCUCUGCCCAGGUGGGCAGCCUCCUCGGGACAGGCAGGUGGACGAGGGGCAGCACCCCAGAACCUCCCAGAACCUCUCUCCGUUCUUCCCAGAGGCUGAUCAGACCGCGGCUGCACCUCCCUAG